AACACACAACCCAUAUAAUUGCUGCCGGACGGAGAACGCGGCGAACAUGGCACGAGUGUCAUUCGGGUCGCGUGCCGGCAACGCGACAUUCGGAGGAUCGCAUCGACAGGCACUAAUCCAUGGCCCUUACAAUUCGCUGGACGAGCUCACGAAUGCGUUGCAGCAGGAGUUCGAGACGGCACGACUGCACACGCAGUCCGCCAGCACCGCGCUUGAGCUGAGCCUGAGUCUCGAUGCCGUGGUUCCUCUCGUGCGUCCAGGCAUCGGACCGUAUGCCGACGGCGGCGACCACGACCUGCCCGAUGAGUUCAAGAAUGGCCUGUACGAAACCCAGGGCGAGCCCGAUCAGAAGCACCCGCGCGCGCCGUGCAGCGCCAUCAUCAACGUGAUGGAUCCGGAGGCGAAAAAGAUAGUGCAGAGGGCAGCAUCGCGUGGAAUCAUGGCCGCCAUCGAGGCGUUGGACGGCUUUCGGUACAGCUUCAACAAUGCAUGGAAUGCGCAGAAUGAUGAAGGCGCGCGCUUCUCCUUUAUAUGUCAGGAUAGCAUGCAAAAUAAGGAUAGACACGCCAAUGGAUACACACGCGUCCUCAAACACCUCAAAGACCCCACGGGCAACGAGCGAGGCCCCCGCAAACCAACGUACGACUGCAAAGGCAGCGUGAGCGUCAAGUUCAGCACCUCCAAGCAGAGUUGCGAAGUCUUCUACAGGCACAAUGCCAUUCACGAGACCGUCGCCGCGAGGAAGGCUGCACCGCGAACGCCAGGACGACCACCGAGAGUGCCUGGCGACUGGACGCGAGCGCCGAAUAGCGCGCCACCAUACGCACCGCGAGGCGAGCAGGAUGAUGGAGGCUUGUCCGCAAUGCUUCAGGCGGAGACAGCCAGUUCUGCGCUUGCCAUGGUAGACUCAUCGCCGACUGUAUCUCGACCUGCUCCGACGACCUCAAACAUGGGAAGGCCUUUGAAACGCAAGCGCGAGGAGUUCGCGAGACCCAGACCUGCAAGCUAUGCCGCAGAUCAGUCUCUGUCUCUGGCCGAUCUACUGAGGAGGAGCGAAACUGCGCGCGUUGCUCCUGCCCCACCCGGUAAUAGCUAUAACAACUUCCUCCAAGGCGCUGCCGCAGUUGCGUAUGAGCUGCCAUCAUGGCAGAAACCACCUCCUUCAAUAAAUCGCCCACCGGGUGGGCAGCCUUUUCCAUUGCCCUACCAACCACAGACCAAAAGCACGCCAGCACAACCUCAAACUCCAAUACAGCCAAGCAAUUCUAGGCCACCCAUGGCAGGGGGUUCGCAGCACUCUGGUCCCGGCCUUUAUACAGUCAUGAAAGUGAAAAACACACCCAAGUCUCGUUCAUUACAACAAAGCUAUCAAGCACCAAUGAAUGAGCAACUCCAAUCGAAGCCACAGGCCGUACUUGCUUGUACCAGCUGCAGGAUAGCCAAGAGACGCUGCGACGAAGCCAGGCCAAUGUGCGGUCUCUGUGUCAAGCUGAAUAAGACAGAGUGCCACUACGAAGGGCCUACUACACAUGUGCCAAACGCGACAGGUGCUUCACAGCAGCAAGGAGUCGGUAAUGGCCCUGCGCAUCAACGACCUGCAGGACUCGCCCUGCCUUCGUUGCAGCCUGCACAAGGUCCAGGUCAAAGCAGUGGGGGUAAACAGACAGAGACAGAUGUCACACAAGGCGCUUCCCAGCAUGUACAGUCUGCACAGCCGUCGCAGCAGGCUCCGGUCCCCAUCGCUCCAAUGCAGCAACAAUCGCAACCUUCUUGGGACAACGAAGUCUCUCCACAGCACACACCGUUAGCAAGCUGGUCGCAGGAUCCGUCUUUGCAGCAGUGGCCAUCACAGGGGUCUCCUCCGCUGCAAGCAUGGGGUAAUAUCACCAUGGCACAACAGCCUAGUCCAGAUCCUUGGUAUCCGAAGCGUUAAUGGGAUGGCAACAGUACCAGUGUCGAGAUCAAUACGCGUGCAGUGGCUGAUCUUGCGCCAAAUCUCAAAAGGACUGUGCCUCAAUCACGGUCUGACGAGCAUUGUUUAGACGAUGAGGAUUUGUGACAGCCAGAAAGCGGACACUGAGUUUGUCUGGCUUUCUUGUCUCCCACCUGGUGACACGCGGGUUCUUCUUCGAAGCCUUCGCAUGGUCUAUGCUCUGCGCUCCGCUUGGAACCGCUUGUACGCGUACUCUCACAAGCAUCACUUAAUUCAGCAUUUUGCCUGCUUAAUUUUCUGUGACGCUGACUACUCGCUGGAAACUGCUCGAUCGAAGCUCUUGCGGACCCGAGAGGCUCUUCCAGAUGCACAUAGCUCUCUUAUCGAACGGCGCUCGUGAGCUUGCCCGCUUUCAAUAGCGUGGCUGAUGUGCCAAAGUCACAAAUGGUGCUGGCCCAAUCACACAAGCGCGUAAUCACUUCAUGAAUCAAACGACUGUGCACUUCAUAUCGCCAAGACGGUAA